ACAGGAUACGACGGAUGUGCGCAUGCGCUCUGUUCGAAAAUAAGGAAGUUUCCCCCGAGAUUUCGAUACAUGAAAACAACCGAUUUGGCACCGUAGAGGAGCAGUCUGCACAGGAUAACAUUGACUGUGUUAAUUAUACCUCAAGUAAAGAGCUUCUAAUGCAGGCAAUAAGAAGCAACAUGUUGGGUGUUGGAAUCUCCAACAACAAGGUCAAGUACUCACGGCUGGCGGCGGAUGAAGACGGUUACAUAGACUUACAGUUCAAGAAAAGCCCACCAAAGGUCCCAUACAAGGCGAUUGCACUGGCAAUAUUCCUGUUUUUGAUUGGCUCCUUACUGAUAGUCUUCGGGGCUCUUCUUCUCUCAGGAACCAUAAAGGUCGAGCAUCCAGACCGCACCAUUCCUGUCAUCGUCAUAGGGCUACUCGUGUUCCUUCCUGGAUUUUACCAUUUGAGAAUUGCCUACUUCGCCGCGAAGGGUUACCGGGGUUACUCCUACGACGACAUCCCAGAUUUUGGCGACUGACCCAAAUUAAAGCUGCUGAUUGGUGGAGAAUCCCCUUCCUCCUGCCACGCUGUGUCCCCUGAGACUGGUGCCUGCUGUUUACUUUGAGUUUCUGAAUGCAUAUAGCUGAUCAGGCGAACCUUUAUCGCUGUUCUGCCACGAGAUGCUGAUUUUUAUGAUUCUGUGUUGUGUAUUCAAUGCUAUGUGUUGUAUUCUCCUCCACACAGAAGCUCGAUGAUCCUUAGUGGCUUUAUAUACGUAAAUAUUCAGCUUUAGUAACAAUGAACCAAACCCUUAAUGAGCAGGGGACCUGUUGCUUGCCUGCGACAGUAUAGCAACAUGUCGCUCACUCAAGAGACGAUUGCAAACCUCGGAUGAGUGGGGACUUAUUUUUGGAGACUACACGGACGCCUUUAACUGACUACUGCUAGAACCUUGCACAGUUGCACAGCUGUUUCAUAGUGAAUCUUAAACAAAUAUUUAUUUGUGACUGUAGCCUAUGGCUGUGUUUGAAAUCGCCUACUAACAUGCUAUUCUUACUAAGUACUGUAUGACGUGAAAGUGAGUGAUUUUGUGUCCGCAGAUGUAUAGUAUACUACUUAAUCAAGAUUAAGAGAAGUAUGAGACGUACGCUUACUGCAUGUACAGGACUAAAGCGGUCCUCUUGUACUCCUUUUUAUUGUCCUAUUUGGAUUCUUGGGGUCUACAAGAAAAGGUUUACAUGCUUUAACGUUCAAAAAACACAGUAUCUUUCUCAUAAUGAUCAAUACUCUUCAGGCGAGAAAGUAAUCUUUUAGUUUCCCAAUAUGUGGUCCGUUCAUCCAAAUAUCCCCUAUUUGGUAAUUUGCUAUAACAUUUUUAACAUGUUUGACAUUAGUCACAUCAUAAUAUAUAUUACAUAAUAUAUAUAACAGUCUGUUGCUAAUGUCUUACUUAAUCAGACAUUUAGUACGCAGUAUACACUGAGUAUGCAGUAGGCAGUAUUACAUUAGUAUGCGAUCUUGAACGCUGCCAAUAUGAUUUCAUGUAAAGCUC